AUGGAGAAGAAUGAAAUUGUUUAUGAAUAUAAACCAUUUUAUAGGGUUUACAAAGAUGGUCGAAAAGAGAGGAUUUUUGUCAGAAAAUCUAUUCCACCUUCCAUGGAAGACCCAAAAACAGGUGUUUCAUCAAAAGAUGUUAUAGUUACACAUGAAACUGGUGUGCCUUCAAGAAUCUAUCUCCCUAAAUUAACCCAACAACAAGAACAGCUCAAUAAAAGGUUUCCACUUCUCCUUUACUUCCAUGGAGGAGCUUUUUGUGCUCAGAGUCCCGCAUCUCCAAUUUACCAUAACUAUGUUAGUUCUUUAGUUGCCGAGGCCAAUGUGGUGGCGGUAUCCGUAGGUUUUAGACUAGUGCCUGAACACCAUCUUCCUGUUGCCUAUGAUGAUUCCUGGGGAGCCAUAGAGUGGGUACUUUCUCACUCUACAGGACACGGUUCUGAGAGCUGGUUGAACAACUAUGUCGACUACAACCGAGUUUUCAUGGCUGGCGAUAGCUCGGGUGCUAACAUUUCACACAACAUGGCUAUGCGGCUGGCUCGAACUCAUCAAGAAAAACAAGUGUUGUUUUGA